CGGAAAGCCUGAAAGCUACCCCGCCAAAAAAAACGCGCCCGAAUUCCAAUUCCUCGACGUUCGUUGUCCCAACCCGCAAUCCCUGCGAACCCGGUCCGCCAACGAUGGAAUUCGACCCUAAGCUUCCGUCCUACUCGACGGGCGACCCGACGUCGUUCGCCUGGCCGACCGCCCGCGAACGAUGGCCCAUCAUCAUCACCCAAGCGAUUGAUGACACCUACCGGACCAUGGGCUCCUGCGACGACGCGGCCAGGCAGGAGGAGGGCAAGAAGAUCGUGGCCGAGCUCGCCCAGCUCAAGUACGAGGUCCAGCACGACCGGGCCCUGACACCAAUCCGAGACGAUGGCUAUCCCGACGUGGCCGUAUACAACAAGGAGCUAGAGCGGCUGGGGCCCGUCACCUGGCUCAAAGCCCCCUGGCUCUUCACCGAGUGCUACCUCUUCCGCCGCAUGUCGACCUCCUUCAGCCUCUCGACGCACUGGAAGAACUACGACGUGUUCGCGCGCCAAAAGAUCAAGACUUUCCGGUCCUCGCGGCCGGCCGUGCUGGAGCUUGCGGCGCGCUACAAGGAGCUAGUCACGCAGCUGCGCGCCGCCCGGUCCGCCAAGGCGGCCCCGGACCCGGAGGCCGACGCGCUCCUGUUCGCCGAGAUGUGCGAGGUCUGCCUCUGGGGCAACGCGACCGACCUCUCGCUGCUCACGAGCCUGACGUACGAGGACAUCCAGAAGCUGCAGGGGUCCGAGGCGAGGCGGGCCGCCGAGAAGAACAUCCUGGUCAACGACCUGCCGCAGGCGUACGCCCACCUGCUAGCGGCGGCCAAGCGGGACGAGCAGCAAGAGCAGCCGCAGCAGCAGCAGCAGCAGCAGCAGCAGCAGCAGCAGCAGCAGGGGCGGAAGGGGCGGCGGGUCGACAUUGUGCUCGACAACGCCGGGUUCGAGCUCUUUGUCGACCUCGUCCUGGCCGGCUACCUGCUGUCGGCGGGGCUGGCCACGACGGUGGUGCUGCACCCCAAGUCGAUCCCCUGGUUCGUGUCGGACGUGCUGCCGGGCGACUUCGCCGCGCUGCUCAACGCGCUGGCGGACCCGCGCGCCUUCUACGAGACGCCCACCGACGAGGACCGGCUGCAGGGUCGCGAGCCCGAGAAGCUGACCGACGCCCAGGUGGCCGAGCUGGCCUUCCUCUUCGACGAGUGGAGCCGGUUCCACGCCGAGGGCCAGCUCGUCCUGCGCCCGAACCGCGUCUGGACGGGGCCCGGCUGCUUCUGGAGGUUGCCGGCCGAGGCGACGGAGCUGGUGGACGACCUGAGGGAGGCCGAGCUGGUCGUGUUUAAGGGCGAUCUGAAUUACAGGAAGCUGGUUGGCGAUGUCGCUUGGGACCCGACGACGCCGUUCCCCGAGGCCCUCGGGCCGCUCGGUCCCGGGUCGGGGCUCAACAUCCUGGCGCUUAGGACGUGCAAGGCGGACGUUGUGGUCGGGUUGAAGCCCGGCGAGGACGAGAAACUCAAGCAGACGGAGGGCGGAGGCGGCGAUUCAGGAGCGCGCAAGUGGGCAUGGAACGGAAAGUGGGCGGUCGUGUCCUUCUCCAAAGGAAAGUGAGACUAUUAAUUAUCCGGGUUCAAUUGUUUUCAAGGCUGUGGUUGAGCCAUUAUGGCUGGGCCUGGCUCCGGGCAAAUCAAGACAAACAAAUAGACCAGGUGCAUUCUUCGCGUGAAGAAAACUGUAAAUAUUUAAUCAUCCUUUCAGGCUCCAGGCCAAUCAAGAUCGUGAUCGGCCGACGCGCGAUGCCAUCAAAAUUUUGUGCCUUCCCUCCUGUAUCACUGCGGCACCUGGAGGUAGAUUGAAAGUAUCUCAUGUAGGGCGCCUCUGGUUCCAACGGCCGUAUUCUAUUAUCUCUCCUCUCGGGUUCCUUCGACUACCUUAAUUAAUGAAUAUCCGGCUUGGGGAUAUCACCAGACGCACCUGGAUGUUGGUUCACCAGG